UCAGUUGCAAUGUGGAGUUCCAUUGUCAUCUUUUAACUUUCGUUUUCAUGGCUGUCUUUCAUUUAUUCUGAACUUUGUAAUUUACUAGUUUGUUUGUUCCGUUAUCGUUGUGAUUCUGUCAUAGAAUCGAAAAAUAACGUAAUAUAUAUAGUUGGCUUUGAUCCCAACAAAAGUUUUAAAACUGGAAUUAUGACAUAACACAGUAAAGAAAUACGAUAAAUUGUCCUGCCAAGAAAGAAUUUUUCACCUAUAUUCGAUCACCUUCGUUAAACGAGGAAUGAAUUAAUGAUCUGCAAUCAAAAUCUCUUCUCAGUUCUUCAUGCACAAGAAAAACAAGACCGAUGUCCGUCAUCCCUGAACUCAAAUCGGCGCUCGUUCAACAAGAAGCGACACCAGCAAUUGAGCUGCUGCUUUCCCUUUCUUUGAGAGGUCAUUAGAGCCAUCCGAAGGAAUAUUAAUAUGGUCAAGAGACAGAAAGUAUAAUAAUAAAAAUCUCGUGAUCGGAUCCACGGUUCAUGGUUGCAGUCUGAAUCAUCGAUUUGUUGGAACUUGUAGGGUGACAGCGAAGCGCCGAUGCAGGCGCCUUGUUCUUCAUAGUUGGCAUGGCAUGAGCAUCCCUGCGUGUGGCCUCUACAGCUUCAUGUAUACGCUGUAACACGCAACUCAAUUACAGCUUCAUGUAUAAGCUGUAACAUAAACUCAACACUGGCAUGCUUCAUCCCACUCCAGUCCUGCUAUAUUCUACGACUCUACUGGUCUGUGUUUGAUGAAACGCCUCUUCUCUUUUGUCAGAAAUUCACAACAACUUCUCAUUCAAUUCAAAAUGAAAUAAUCUUCUGAUGGAACAACUCUUUUAAGACGCUUUACUCUACAACUGAAUUCUCUCAGGUCAAUAUAAUUUUAUACCGAUAUAUUUGAAUUUUUAAAUGAACGUUUUCAAAGAACGUUGGUGAAAUAUUUCGAAUGUAAUUGUAUUUUUAAAGAGUAUAUAUUGUGGUGUGGGAAAAUGUGCCAGUGUUUGUGAAUAAUUCAGUCUCACGAGUCUAGCUCUGCAAAACAUCAAACCCUUGAACGGAUUGCAGCGAAAAAAUUCUAUAUUAAUAAGAAAUAAGGCCUAAGUGAAGUAAAUGUAGGCCCAAAUAGUAAGGAAGAAAAAGUAUCCAUAAGGACAAUCUCAAGCUCAACCGAAUGCAAGUCGUGUCUUAUAUAUAGUACGAUUUAAGCAAGAAGUUUCCGUGUAGAAUAAUAUAGUUAGAGCCAUAUAGGGCUUUUGUUGUGCUGAAACUUACAAAUCUUUAUAGUGUAAGCCUAGAGAACGAGUGUUAAUGUAGUCUUAAAUGGAAGUUUAUUCUGAUCAGAUUGUUGAAACUGACUGAAAUAGUUAUCAGAAUAUUUAUGGUAUGAAAUCCCUCGGACACUGGACUGUGCAGAUUCCAGAACAAAACUUUGACACAAUUUAAAGGCUUCAAAAGUCGAGUAACACUGAACAUACAAAUUUAAUAGUGUGAGGCGCGAGAUGCAUCCCUCCUUGAAACCUGCAUUAAAAAUGAACACUAAGAGCCGUCCACUAAACUAACCUGAAACAUGAUUCGAGUGGCACUGUUUCUUUGUGCCAGUAGAAUUGAAGGUCCCUUUGACGCAGUCCAUUGAAUUGAUUCAAAUAUCUUUGAAUUGAUUCAUUCACGUAGUUGCUAAAUGCUCGGGUAUUAUAAAUACUAAGAUUUUCUUGAUUAUAAUGAUAUCCUUCGUAUAAUUAUAGAGAAUAUGCGCGAAUGUAUGUAUAUAUAUAACUUGAAAGAGAGCCCUCCCCGAGAAAAGUCUACGGGAAUCACCUCGCCAUCUUGCGCAACUAGAGCGCAGUCGAGACCUCUGCUCCUAAAAUAGCCGCUGUGACAUGCUGGCGGCACACGCUGCCUCUCUGCCUGCCGCUAGUUAGCUUCUAGUGACGAUACGCGAUUGUGGUUCGUCUUUCUGCUAGUCACUUAGUCGUAUGUUGUGUGACUAAUACCUUGUCUUUGUGAUAACGACAAGAAAUAAUAUUACAAGGAAUACUGUUAAGAGAUAAUCGAUAAAUUUGUAUAAACAAAACCCUGUUGUCCGAGCUCAGAAAAAAAUUAUCAAUGGCAAACUUUGGUUUCUAAAAUUACUAAAAAUAGCUUCGUCUAAGCAACUGACAAUCUACGACAGUAUGAAGAAUUUUUAUGCAAUUUCUAUGCACCGCUUUCAUCAAACCUCAACGUUUUAUCCGUUAUUCGAUUUGACAAAAGUUCGCAAUAGUAACCAAAUAUGUCUCGCAUAACAUGCUGCUAUAGGAAUACGCACAGCUGCAAUAGCUCAAGAAUUAAGUGUUUUUGCGCAGAUGUUCGUCACAAUAUCGGCUGGUAAUUAGCCAACUGACCGAGAGGAAGUGCUUGGAAAUUUGAUGUAGUAUCAGAGAUACUAAAUGUGACGUCUUGAGUGAUUCCGUCCACGUGUGCAUUUGUAAAAUUAUCGAAAAAUCGAGUGGAAAGGAGCGGGAAACGCCCGAAUAUCUCGUAUGAUUGACUAUUUAUUCUGGAAAUAGAAAAGUGUGUGAACUGAAAAUCGAAAACGCCUGAGUACGAGAAUAUUGCAAACAGAAGGCAAUCACUCCAGACCUCUGGGAAUUUCUUUGCAGUCCCAAACGGGGCUUGGCUUCCUGCAUAUUUAUAGUGCAGCGACUUGCCAAUUCCCUAGAGAUUGCGAUAAUGACCUAAAAAAUGCUUCGUUCCAAACUGAAACAUCAAAUGGGUUUUAGUGCUGGAAAUAACCACAUGUGAAAGACAACGCAAUAAUCCAUGCAAGGUAUUGUAUGCCAGCAGUAGGUGGAGGUGGCAGACUUGGAGGAGUGCCAACUGCAGAUGCUGACUGUGCCAGGUGGUGUGGCACUCUCCUUCGUCACACUCGUCGCACUUCAGUCUAUUUAUUCACGUUUGUGCUCACUUUCAUGUGCACCUUUCAAUCACAUGUACAAAAUCCCAUUACGUGUGCUCAGGAGAUUAUAAGAUAUUUCUUCACGAUUACUACACCACACGAAACUUGGUGAGAUUUGUGUAAUAAUUCACGGCUUGUGUUGGCUAUACAUGCUACACCUUUGCUCUAAAUCAGUGGCCAAAUGAAAUUUUUAUUAUAUAGAAAAAUCAAGAAAGAAGUAGAGUGCGCAUUCGAUGCUUCAUCUCAUCAGGAGCCCAGUGCAUUUGUUAUCAUGAGUGUUCCACGAUAGAAGUAAUGGGAUUUAAGAUAAAUCAUCGGAUUCAUUUCUGCAGCUGCAAAUUGAUUUUAAAAGAAGCUCUAGUUUUUGCCAUACUCUCUAUUGUAUAAAAAAUCAUUGCUUAUCAGGGCUGCAGUUGUUAGAUGGCAGAGCAUUAUCAAUAGCACCGUUAUCUUCAUUAUCUCUCCCGAGUCAAUCACUUCAAGAAAACGAGAGCUUCGUUGACUAGCUGUUCGUAGUGCGAUAUCUAACUGCCUAGUGCCUAGUGGGAUACCUAAAUGCGCUUGGCGUUUCAAAAAAAAAAAACUAUAUAAAAUUGGUAACUAAAAACACAAUCAUCGGACAGCAGAUAAAUUGUUUCAACGGCCAUCUCGAUUUUUCAUUUAUAACCUUCUGUUUUUACUGUGGAUCUACGUGAGAACUUAUGAUAAGUGGCAUUUGAUUCGGUGUUGAAUGAUUUGAUGAAACGCUGAUCAGUUUUCUAAGUUGUUUGUUUUAACUAACGGACAUCAUUUCAGUUAUUUGUACCAGUCGUAAAUGCAAGUGAAACUGUCAAAACAAAUGAAACUUAAAUACAAGUGAAUCAAGUCUUCAUUGGUUCGUACAGUUGGCUAUUGAAACCGCCUACCAUAUUUUUCUAAUAACGAACAACUGACUACACAAUGCCAGUUGCUCCGUCAGUGACGUCGUACUACCCGAGUAGGAGUACCAGUUACUACCGAAGUAGUACUACGCCAUCUGCCAGCUCCUAUCUAGGACGAACUCCCUCCCUAGACCGUUCUGGAUACUCCUCCUACACCUCUAGUUAUGGUGGUGGAUCUUAUUCAGGCUAUACUAGCUCCUACGCAUCUAGAUAUAGUGCAACGAAGCCACCUAGACCCUCUUAUACUUCUUCAUACUCAUCAGAAAGUUAUCGUAGUCGAACGAAUCGAGACCCAUCCCCAGCGCGGACAAGUUAUUACAGACAGUCUUCAGAAUCCCGCGAGUCUGAGGAACGAAGUACUAGCAGUCGAGGUUUGGGAUCACGUUCUGUGUCUGAUACGUCGUCUCGGUAUGCGUCUUCUACGUUAUCAUCCAGACUACGUGACAAUUCCAGCUCCCGAGACUCUGGUUACAGUUCAAGGCUGACGACAUCUUCCCGUGAUCGCUCGUCUGACAUCCGGAACGGUAACUCCGUAGAAACAAAAUCCUACGGACCUAGUGCGUCAUCAUACGCCUCGAACUACCGAUGGGAAGGACGUUCAAAAAAUAAAGAAAAGAGUAUCGAGAGAGACGAAAACGAUGAUAGGGAAAAAGAAAAAGUGCGAGUGAGUGAAAGAGUUCGGAAUUACGAAAGUUUUGACGAUGACACACCCCCUAGCUCCACCUCCGCACGUGUCGCGUCGGAGGAAGCCGCUGCUCGGCGCAAACGGGACGAUGACUGGAUCUCGGCCCGUCGGCAGCGGUUGGGGCUGUCACCUAUUCGCAAAAGCAGAACCAGUAGCCCGGAUCUUUAUACUGCCAGGCCCCGGCAGUCAGUGGAACAUAACGGUAACGAUGAGGGUAACGAAGAUGACAAUGAUAACGACGAGCGCCGGCAGUCGGUUUUGGAGCUUCGUCGUAAAUACGACUCGUCCAACCUGAACGGGUACCCAAGUGACGAUUCUUCGACCGUACGCCCCACGCCCACCAUUAGAUGCGAAUCCCCAACUGAGAGCGUUGGCAGGCGACGAACUGACUCCGGUAACUACAGUCGGGACUCACCAACCUCAAAUCAUGCUUCUGCAUCAGGCAACAAAUCAGAUUCGGAAUCUGGUCGGGAUUAUCGUGACUCUAAACGUCUUGAAUCUCCUCAACCGAGUAGGAAAAAUCUAGGUUCACCUCAAUCGCGAUCCCCCGACGGCCGGAAGUCUCUCACAAACGGCACUUCGACAAAGCAUUCACUGCAGCAUCUAGACGACCCGUCAUGCAGCGUCUCGCCGUACGCGUCUAGCACCUCCUCCUCCUACUACUCGGCGCGCACUGGCGUGCCUCGCAGCUGCCGAGUCCGUGAACGUAUUGCUGCGCGAGUUGCCCGCGAACUCGACGAGGACGACGACUCGCCUCCGGUUGGUCGCAAACCCAAGGGCGGCUUCAGCGAGAGCAGCGGCCUGGUCGGCCUCAGGAACAUCGGCAACACUUGUUUCCUGAACAGCGUGACGCAGUGCCUGAGCAACACGCGCUGCCUGCUGGAGUACCUGGUCAAGGAAGGCUACUCUUCUGACAUCAACACGUCUCUCUCCACAAUGAAGGGCGAUCUCAUCAGAGCGUUCGGCAACCUGAUCAGUGAGAUGUGGACAGAGGGCGACAGCAACAGAGCCCUCAACACCGGCCCCUUCAAGACACAAAUACAGAAGUUCGCUCCUACGUUCACAGGUUACCAGCAGCACGACGCGCAGGAGUUCCUGCGUAAACUGCUGGAGGGCCUGCAUGAGGACGUCAACAGAGUGACUGUGAGACCGCGGCCCAUACACACCGACAUCGAUGAUGACCUCAGCGACGACCAGAAAGCGAUGGAGUCCUGGAAGCGAUACCUUCGGUUCGACGAUAGCAAGAUUGUGAACAUGUUUGUUGGUCAACUCAAGUCUAGCUUGCAAUGUUCGCACUGCUCUCACACGUCCGUCACGUUCGACCCUUUCUGGGACUUGUCGUUACCGAUCCCUCCCAAGACUGGCACCGUCAGACUCAACCAGUGCUUGGAUCUCUUCACCAAAGAAGAAGUCAUGGAUGGCGACGAGAGACCUACUUGUUCCAAGUGCAAGGAGAGAAGAAAAAUGACCAAGUCUUUUAGCAUACAGAAGUUCCCGCAAGUCUUGGUGCUACAUUUGAAACGUUUUAGUCCAACGGAGAGAUGGAGAGGAAAGCUCUCCUGUACCGUGGAAUUUCCAGUAGAAAAUCUCGACCUUUCCAAGUACGCCUCUAGUUCGCGGUCAUCCUGUAACUAUAAUUUGAUCGGAGUUGCGAACCACAGCGGCACCACUUACUCGGGACACUACACGGCCUUCUGCAGACAUCCCUACUCCCUGCAGUGGCACGAGUACAACGACAGCAGAGUGACGCCCAUCCCGGCAAGGAGGGUUUGCAGUUCAGAGGCCUACGUUUUAUUCUACGAACUGAGUUCCGCGAGCAAGUUGUAAUACCGGCUUUUACUGUAGUGACUGUUAUUAUACGUUUGAAAAUGGAUAGUUCCUCGAUUUCAUUAACUGUUGCUUAAGUUUAAAAAGACAAAUAUUUUAUCCAAAAUUCUUGGAAAAAGAGCUUUCACGAGACAAUUUUCAAUUAAAUGAUCAGCGCUGAGUCGACAAAUAAUAUUAACUUUGAAUCCUUGUGAUGCUAAAAACCUUACAUAAUCGCUGAUCAUUGUAAGGGUCAUUUUAAUAUAUUUACUCAAAUACACGAGGUGGAACCCAUAUUCUUUCAGCUACAAAACGCAUGCUUUGAGAUUUUUCGUAAUUUAUUUUGCAAUAUUCAUCGAUCUGUUGGUGAAUUUUUAUUGCUAUUGAUUGCCUUAUCUAUAUCGCGGUGCCAUCCUUUUGUCUUGUAAGAAGUCUCGAGUCACUAUAAUCGGAGGCAAUUUCGUGAAUGUCUGUAUAUUUCAGAAGUAAGAAGCUUAUUUAUUACGCUAUUGGGUUUUCUUCAAGCCAUAACUUACUGAUGUUUGUUCGAUUGAAUUUAAAGUAUAUUAUUGUUGCGUAACUUGAUCUUUAAAUUUUUAUUGUUAUGUAUUAAUGCUAAGAGAUUCGUGCUUACAUGUAACUUCUCGGCUAUCAAUUAGUUCACUUGGUUGCAAUAAACGGAAUAUUUAGAGACGUGAUGCAAUUUCGUUGAUGGAGAAGUAGGGAAAACUUCUCUUUCUUCUGCUGACAAACUUUCAUAUACUGGAUCUACAACCGCAAUUUUAUAUAAAAUAAGAUAAAUUUUAGCCUGAUAAGACCUGUACAUAAUACCGUGCCGCUAGUGACAUUUACACUGCCAAAACCUAGGACGUAAACGAUCUUGCAAUUUUGAAGCGUGACUCGGACGCAGCAAUCUACUUCAUUCGAUUGCAAUUUCACGGCAUUUCUGCAUUCAGUAGACAUGAUCGUCGUCAGGAACACGUGGUUAACUCCUAUCGCAAUAUUUUGCCGUUUUAAUGUGUCACAAAUUUGUACGGGAGCUUUGUUGAUCAAAAAACAAUUCUUUAGAGUGAUUAUAAUCGCAAUUUAUUAAUCGUAAUUUGGGUGCUCAUUGUUGUAAUCCUCGAGAUUCCUUUGUGAUAUGUAAUGCAAAAGAUCAUGAAGUGUUGAUAAAUAUAUUAAUAGGUGUUCAUUUUUAUACUUGCAGAAACAUAAAGCUUAUGCAUCGCCCGUAUUUAGACUGAAAUUCUCUCGGCUCAUAUUGUGUAUGCUGUGCUCCGCUUCUAUUUAGUUUGCUUUAUGUAAAUAAUAAGAAAUUAUCAGCUAAGUAUAAGUUUCUUUUGUCGGAUGCUCAGACGCUUUCGGGACUUUGAAACUGUAGAUCAUGCAAAAUGAUGCAAUUUGACCUAGCUAUUGUCAGGCUGAUAUUUCUUACUGUAAUUGGUGGCAAAAAAUUUCGGUCCGCAAUAUUGAAAAUAUUUUCUAGCGUCUGUCUUCAUUAUUGAAUUAGAAAAGUUUGCUUAUCCAAACAACCAAUUUAAUUGCGUUGAUUGUAGUUUACCUGCAAUGCGCAUGCAUUUACAAGAGUUCUAAUUAAAUUUGUUGAAAAUGUUUAGGUUUGGAAUUAGUUCGAGUGGCAACAAAGACCCGGAGAGAAUAAGCAGAUCGAGUGUCUCGCCAUUGCUAAAACAAGUGUGUGUAAGGUUCCUCGAUCAACUGUGUCGACCUGCCAAUACGAUGUAUUCUAACUUCAAUUGCUUGAUUACAUCUCUUCACCAAGAAAAGAUUUUUUGUGAUAGUAAGAAGUUUAUGCGAAUCUAGUACUUUUGAAAAUUUUAGAAUUACUACAACGUGCCAUUCUUCAUGCAUAUGAUGAAGCACCUACUUGGAAAUCCUAACUGAAUUCCCUUUUGCCUGAACGAAGAAGGAAAACUUCGAGAUCACUAAUAAGUGCACGUUUGCAAUUAAGAAUGUGACCCCCUUUAUUCUGAUUAAUCAACAACCUUCACCAUUCAGCUGAAUUAGUUCAUUAAACGAUCAAUGGAAUCUAUAACUUCAGGUCUUGGGUGUUUCACUUUCUAUAAAAACGUAUGCGGCAGCGGUAGCUCUUCCAGUGUCGAGGCAAGCGUCGGAGCGGCCGUAUCGGCUGCUGCUGGCGACGUCAGGCUAGUCAUUGAGGCCAUGCCCUUAGAAAUUCUUUUCAGGCGUGCGGUCCAGAAUAUGAUUUUGUUGAUGUACGUUACGUUUAAUCCAUUUAUGUUUACUUGAUUUAUAUAAAAAAUGUAAGGAAGAA